UAGGAGCCCGAGCAUGUGGGAGUGGUCUGGAGUGUGUUCUUUAAAUCGGCUUUUGGCCAUGUUAUAUGGAAAAUUUUUGGGAAUUGGAAAAGCUUGGGAUUUGAGUUUGAAGAAAUAAUCCAAGUUGUGUUCAGUUCACACCACGACAGCAGGUAGAUGGAACCGGGUCCAACCAUAUGGGGCGCCCCACUCGGUUCUGCUCGCUGUCUCUUUGAAUCUCCGCCGCGGUGCGGGAUGCGUCUCUCCCUCCCUCCCUCCCCCUCCUGUUCUUCUUCUUCUUCUCUCUCCUGAUCCUUGACCUGCUUCUCGCGGUCGCCGUUGCCCGGUUCUCUGACUUCUGUUCACUGUAACUCUCUCUCUCUCUUCUUUUGAUUUUGGCGUUUAAUUUGUCCCUUAUUUUUGCGGAUUUCGAGGUUUCGAUUUGGGCGUUUUGGUUGCGGAUUUGGGGAUUUUGAUAACUAAAGGGUUGAACCUAAAGGGAACAAAAAUAGACGGCAGCUUUUGAUAUGGCAGCAAGAAACAAGUACAGCAUCGUUGUCCCUACCUACAAUGAGCGUCUCAAUAUUGCACUCGUCGUGUACCUCAUUUUCAAGCAUCUCAAGGAUUUUGAUUUUGAAAUAAUCAUUGUGGAUGAUGGAAGUCCUGAUGGUACCCAAGAUGUGGUAAAACAGCUGCAGCAAGUUUAUGGUGAAGAACGUAUUUUAUUACGACCAAGGCCGAUGAAGCUUGGGCUAGGAACUGCUUAUUUUCAUGGUCUGAAGUGUGCUUCUGGGGAUUUUAUUGUAAUCAUGGAUGCUGAUUUGUCACAUCAUCCUAAAUAUAUACCAAGUUUCAUCAGGAAACAGAUAGAGACUGGUGCAAGUAUCGUUACAGGAACCCGAUAUGUACGGGGUGGUGGUGUGCAUGGCUGGAGCCUCAUGCGUAAGCUUACAAGUAGGGGUGCCAAUGUGCUUGCACAGACACUGCUUUGGCCAGGUGUUUCAGAUUUAACUGGUUCUUUCAGGCUGUAUAGGAAGUCUGUUCUUGAAGACCUGAUUGUUUGCUCUGUAAGUAAAGGAUAUGUUUUUCAAAUGGAAAUGAUUGUACGAGCCUCCAGAGAAGGCCACCACAUCGAAGAGGUACCAAUAACUUUUGUUGAUAGAGUAUAUGGUAGCUCAAAGCUUGGUGGUUCAGAGAUUGUUGAGUAUCUUAAAGGACUUGUGUAUCUGUUCUUCGCAACAUAACUAUAGGAUCAGAAAUGGUGUGGUCUGCUCCUUGUCCGUCAUUUUGUCACCUCACAUAUAGCUGUGUCUCAACUUAUGAGUUUCAACUUUUACCAGAUUCGAGUCUUCUUUGGUGUAUCUUUUGUCAUCAUUCUCAUCCUAUAACAUUAAUUUUGAAAUGUCAUUAUAAAAUUCGUUCUUUGCAGUGUAGGUCAAAUUGUGGAAGUACUGCAAUAUUCUUUUUUUUCUCCCACUUCAGAUGUAUAUUAUGGUUUAUCAUUAUCUGAACUGUUGUUUAUAAUAAUUAAGCUGAUAUUGGGCUUUCUUUAUUAAUCAA